CCAGAUCAUACCAAGAACUCCACUAAGUCCAUCGAGCCAGCGGCAUCUGCACUCCUGAGGGCCCACUCUGCUCUUGUCUCCAGCCACAAGACCUCAGCAGCUUGUCCAGCAGCAUGACUCCUCGGUCUUUCCUCCUGUCCACCCUGGUUGUCAUGUCUCUCGUCAGCACUGCUUGGUGCAGUCCCAUGUGCAACAACCAGUGCUGCCGUUUCGUGGAGGGCUUCCCUGUCAGGCUCAAGAAGCUCAGAGAGGACUAUUCACGGAUCAGAGACUUCUAUGAAGCAAACAACGACUUGGACACAGCUCUGCUAGACCAGAGCAUCGAGCACUCGUUUGAAAGCCCGUUUGCAUGCCAAGCCAUGGACAGCAUAUUGGACUUCUACCUGAGCACGGUCCUGCCGACAGCCAUGGCCGGAGUGACGGAGGAGACCAGGGACUUAAAGCCUCACGUGGAGUCCAUACAGCAGAUCUUCGACGAGCUCAAGACCGAUGUCACCAAAUGUAGAAGCUACUUCUCAUGCAGGAAACAAUUUGACAUCAAAAACCUAAACUCUUCUUACACACAGGUGAGUGUCAAGGUUUCAUCUUUUAAUGGUAAAAGAUGUUUUCAAAAUGUACACUCUACAUAUGUGCACGCUUGUAUUUUGACGGAGCAUUUUAAUGAAGUGAAACAUGUGUUUCUCCACAGAUGGAGAGUAAAGGUCUAUAUAAGGCCAUGGGCGAGCUGGAUGUGCUGUUUAACUAUAUUGAGACAUACCUGGCCUCUAAACGGCAGAGGAACUAAGUGUCCUCUGUCUGAGGACAUGCUGACCCUAAUCUCAAUGUGACUUCGUUCAUCUCAGGGAAAAUAAGUCAUUGACUUUUGCACUCAUUUGUAUUCAAUACAUUUUUUUUAGUGGUGUGAAUAUUGUCAGAUGUUGAUUUGCUUUUAUGAGUCUGUUGAAAUGAUGUCUUUGUUGUUCUGAGACCUCUCUUUACUUUUUUGUCCUGGGGACAAGUAUCUGUUUAAGACCAUAUUGAGUCUUACACUUAUGAAGUUAGAACCAAAACUGUCACUUAGGAAGCUGUUCUAUUUAUUUUAUGCAUUUUGU